AUGACUAGUCCCCCUGCCCUUUUGAUGCUCGGGCAAGGCUUUACUCAUACAAAGGCAGAAGAAAAAGAUUUUGAUUUAUCAAAUGCGUUCAAGGAUGUUGAAAAUCACAGUGCCAUCUCUGCAGCCAGAUGUAAAAAACCUCACAGCAUUGGUGAAGAGCUUGUUUUGCCAGCAGCAAUUGAGAUUGUAGAAACUAUGUUUGGAGAUAAUUUUUCAAAACAAUUGCAGUCCAUACCUCUCUCAAAUGAUACUGUUGCUCGUCGAAUCGGUGAUAUAGCAAAAGAUGUACAGUGUCAGCUUUUCUCGAAGUUGCGUGACAAAUUAUUUUCAAUACAGUUUGAUGAAGCAACAGAUAGUUAUAAAGAUGCUCAUUUAAUUGCCUAUGUUCGUUUUUGUGAUAAUAUGUCAGUAGCAGAAGAACUACUUUCUGCAAACCAAUAG